UCGCGGAUGCGUGACGUCUUGUCUUCUCACUAGAUAGGACCGUAAAUCCAUCUCAUAAUGUCGGCUCUCCUUUCCGCUUGCCUCAAAUACAAAUCCUCCGAAUGGCGACGAGGCAACACAAGUCAUGUAUUCUCACAGGACGUCUCAUUCAGCACUGUCCAGCUUUGUCAAACCAUCAAACUCGGGUCCCGGCUAUCUCAGGAGGAACUGAAGAACCAGGAUUUGAAGGAGAUGGAGGGGGGGAGUGAGGUUCCAGAUGAACAAGAGAGUCGAGACAGAUUCAAGGUAGAAGGGGAGCAAAAGGCGGGUGUGUUCCCCGCCGCUGCCUGGCGCGGAGAAGAUUUUUGGGAUACCGAGAGAGCGAACGGCUCGUUCACAGAGAAGAAUGCUCCGAAGACGUGCCCUACCAUGUUCGAAGAGACGGCACCAGAUGCAAGGCCCGGGAAUUCACAAACAGGCUAUAGCUACGAUUCCAUUUCAGCGUCUCUGCUACAUUUAUUAGUCCUUGUUCAGCGCGCCAUGGCCAAUACACCGUUCUUCGGUCAACAUCAUCACCUCUUCCCUACUGUACUGAACGUUGAACCUCGACAUCACCUUUGUUCCUGGACCGCAGCCUCCAACCACGGACGUCUGAGUGAACGGACAGCGGUUCACGCCUGUUCCUCAGUGAUGGAACUCGUCGCCGUUCUCGUGAAGUUGUGGCUCUACCACUAUGUCAUCCUGCAAGAGGCUCCCCAAUUCGAUAGACUAAUCAUUCCGCCCUACCGGCACAACGCCUUCAGAGAACCUUCACCCUCGUUGCUGCUGAGUCUGCGCGCCAUACUGCCAACGGCGAAUCCUGUCCUAGAAGGUGCUGUGCGACGGAAGGAGGGGAGGAAGAGUAGUCAUCGAGAAUCCUCAGGAAAGGUUGUCGAGGAAGAGAUGUGUGAUUCAGGGGUGCAUACGACGCGUUCAGGGUUCCCACGACUCGCUUUCCUUCUUCGACUGUGGACGACCUCACCUUCAGACAAGUCGGUCCUUGUUGAAACUUUGAUCACUCCGACGGCACCUACCAUCCAAUCUAAGCAGGCGUUCCUUCCUAGUUGUUCCGCUGCGCUGGACCCUCCUUCCCGUCACCGUGUUCCGCGUCAUCGCCCUGGUCCAUACCCUAUCUUCGACAUUGGCGCCAACGACAUUCCCUUGAAUCCCUUCGUCUCCUUCCACCUCACAGGCGCGAUAUCGAUCCUCAAUGAAGCCGUGAACGCUUGUCUAUAUGACUAUAGACGCGGUUUAUCGGACCAGCGGCCUCAAACCAGUAGUGCACGCUCCGAUGGAAUGGGUCAGUCCUCGUCCUUCCGCACAACACGCAAGCCCACCCCUCUCCUUGACGCUCUCACACUUGACGCCGUCGACUCUCCCCUUCUCCUUCCAUCGCCUCCACUUCUCCCUCGAUGUCUAUCCUUGCCAAAACGCGCCCAAAGUUAUGCCCUCGAUAUUGUCAUUUGA